UAAAUUAUCAACCUUUAAUUUCCUGAAUACAAGGAAACAUUUAAAAAUCCAUUUUUAUCCCCCUCAAAAAUCGAAUCAAAAUGAAAGAAUCCUCAGAAUAAUACGAAAUACCAUAAAAAUGUUCACAAAUUAAUAGCCUAUAUACCAGAAAGUCCCUUCUUUUUUUCCUGCUAUUUUCACUAUUGUUAGAACCAGACAAUCAAAUCUGUGGCAAAAAAAACAAACAAUUUAUACGUAUUAUUAUAAAUAUUCAAACACAUGAAUGUUCUUGUCUUUGUUAUCUCAAUUCUUGAAACAUAGUUAUAUUCUUAAUAAUUCUAAAUUCUUCCCUUUGUGUAUAUUAAUUUUUUAAUUUUUAUUUUCUGUUUUUGGCAUUUGUUUUUAUAAUAAUGCCAAUAGUGGAGGAACCUGUUUUAUGUGGUUCACCACUAGGGUCCAGCCCAACCUCCCCUAAGAGUAGGAUUAAAUUUCUCUGUAGCCAGGGAGGAAAAAUUCUUCCUCAACCAGCUGAUGGCCACCUCAAGUAUGUCGGUGGCGAGACACGUGUUAUCUCCGUUCCUCGAGAUAUAAAACUUUCAGAAUUGAUGAAGAAGCUAACUCCUCAAAUUGAAGGUGAUAUGGUUCUGAAAUAUCAACUAGUACACGAGGAGCUUGAUGCAUUGAUAUCGGUUAAAACAGAGGAGGAUCUACGCCAUAUGUUGGAUGAAUAUGAUCGCUGUGAGAGUGCAGGGAUCCCGAGACUACGUGCAUUUCUGUUCCCAGCAAAGCCUGUUGUGGUGGAUCACCACACAACGCCACCAGAACCUUUAGAACAACGAUACAUCGAUGCGAUUAAUGGUAUAAUACGUGCAAGGGAAGCAGGGAUCAGGAUACAACAACAACAACAACCAGCUCUAAGCAUAAGUCAAGCCUCUUUUGGGUUUUCCUCUGCUUGUUCUUCACCAAGAUCUCCUGACAGUUGCACUACUGAUGGUGUUAAUCAUGAGUCAUUGCUGCAAAGUAUUUUUCAAAAUAGAAGUCAAUUGCACAAAGUGCAGAGUUCCCCUAGCUUUUACAAUGUCAGUAACCAGCAGCAGCAUGGGUUACAUCAAAACUUGCACCAACAACAUCACUAUUACAACCAUAGACAACAACAGCACUACAAUGGUUAUCAUUUAAACAAACAUAGUCAUGGUCCUGGUGAUCCAAUCAAAGGGCCAGACAGGUUGUUUUCUGUUAGGUCUGUUGGUCGAGCGGAAGGGUUAAGGUAUCACAUGGAUCCUAACCAACAUUACUAUCAAUCACCCUCUUAUAGGCACAGCCGUGGUGGUGGAUGUUGUAUAAAAUGUAUGCAUUUUGAUGACUAUGAAAGGAGAAAUGGAAGUAUAUCGCCGUGCAGUUACUCUAUAGAAAUAGGAAAUGGUUGUGCUUCUCCAGGAGGUUAUUCUGUGGAAAGAAGAACCAGUAGUCUUUCUCCCAGUCCCAUUCCAUUAAGCCCUCGCUUCUCCAAUAUGGCUGGUUCAGGGGAUACUUAAAAACUCUUUAAGAGAUCAUCACACACACACACAGGCCCCAACCUAUUUGGUACACCUUAUUGUACAGUAAAUAAUUAUAUUUCAUUAUAUCAUUUAUCUUUAUCAUAUCAUAUUAGAAGGGAUGUACAUUCGUCUUUUGAAUUUUACCAUGGGCUUUGUAUAAUAAAAAAAUACUGAAAUUCUGAUGGAA